AUGUCAUCGCUAAGUGCUGCAGACCUAUUCUCCGUCAAAGGGCGUGUUGCCGUGGUCACCGGCGGAAGCAGUGGGUUAGGGUUGAUGAUAUCAAAGGGCCUCGUUACCAACGGAGCCAAAGUCUACGUGGUUGCACUACCAUGCGAUCCCAUCGCGGAGACAGUGAGCCAACUGAACGAUCUUGGGCGUGAAACCGGCGGAAGCGCAGAAGGACUAGCCUGUGACGUUUCCUCCAAAGAGGCCAUCCAAGAACUGGCUCAAACCAUAUCUCAAAAGGAAGCAAAGCUAGACAUACUCAUCUCAAACGCCGGCAUCCGUCGAGAUCCCCCGGUGCAAUGCAACGUGCUCACAGCAUCCCUGGAGGAGCUCCAAGAGUCAAUGUGGUCAUCCCGGCAGUCAGACUGGACUGCCACAUUCCAGGUGAAUACAACGGCCCAUUACUUCCUCAGUCUUGCUUUUCUGCCCCUCCUAGCUGCAGCGGCGAAUGCAUCCCUGGGAAACAGGUUAAAGGGCCAAGACGAGGGUCGGGGCGCAAUCAUCAUCACCAGUUCGUGUGCGAGUAUGCAUAAUGCCACCAACGUGGAUUUGACAAGCUAUGCCACGAGCAAGGCUGCCACGGACCACCUGGUGAAGUUGUUGGCUGCAAAAUACAAUAGGUUUUAUGUACGGGUGCUGGGAAUCAAUCCGGGAUUCGUACCGAGCAACAUGAACCCUGUCGGCGAGGAGGGAAACAUUUUCAGCUCGCUGUUCGACAAAGUGCCUGCGAAGAGAGCAGCCAAAGCCGAAGAUAUUGCAGGUGCCGUUCUGUAUCUUUCCAGCAAGGCCGGGGUGAGUAUCGAAUUGCUGAAGUUCUUGAUUGAAUUCUCCAAUGCGCCGACUGGACUAGUCGUAUGUCGAUGGGGUGUCUCUCUGUGUUGACGGCGGGAGAAUCCUCCUGGCAAAUGGACAGGAAUGAGGAUAGGCUGGCUUAGUAUAGGGGGCAAAAGAAGAUAUAACUAGAGCAAAAUAAAACUUGCUUAUUGAUCAAAUAACAGUCUUUCCCUGGCUGCUGUCGGAAUUAGUCCCAUGAACAGGUAUCGGGGCACAGACACGACACGCACUCGCAUACAGCGUACGUAGAUUGAAGGAGAGCAUAGCACUGUGAGGAACCCGGAGUGGGUUUGAGGUCUCGUACUCAUUGGAGCUGGACGUCCAAUCGCCAAAAUCCCGCUGCGAAAAAGAGAACGCACAGCCUUGCUGCUAAG